AUGGCCCAGAAGCACCCCAGAGGAAGAGGGUUGUGUGGAGCCCACCACGGUGGUGGUGCCUCUCUCAGGACAUCAGGACCCUCUGUGGACCCUGAAAUACCCUCAUUCUCAGGACUCAGGGACUCGACAGAGACUGCUCCUAAUGGUACACACUGCCUCAAAGAGCACCCUGGCCCUAAGUACACACAGGCCCCAAACCCAGCCCACUGGUCGGAUCCAAGCCACGGUCCUCCAAGGGGUCCAGGACCACCUAGAGAAGGAGGCUACCCUGAUGAGAGUGAGGCAUCUUCAGAAGAGUCAGGAGUGGACCAGGAACUCUCAAGAGAGAAUGAGACUGGGUACCAGGAGGAUGUGAGCCCAUCUUUUCUUUCCAUUCCAUCUGCUUGUAACUGCCAGGGAAGUCCUGGAGUCCCUGAAGGGACUUACCCUGAGGAAGGAGAUGGCUCCUCCAGCAAUGUUUGCCACCAUUGCACCUCUCCAGUGUUGGGAGAAGAUGAAGAGUUAGAAGAAGAAUAUGAUGAUGAGGAACCUCUUAAAUAUCCCAGUGAUUUUUCACGUGUGUCCAGUGGAAAGAAACCUCCAUCCCGGAGGCCCCCUGAUCGUCAUCAGCUGGGCCGAAAACGAAGUCAGACAGAUAGGCGUAGAGGCCUGGGACUGUGGGCAGUGGAGGAACUGUGUCAGCUUGGACAGGCAGGCUUCUGGUGGCUGAUUGAACUUCUGGUACUGGUGGGAGAAUAUGUGGAAAUUUGUGGCUAUCUCAUUUAUGCAUGCAGGCAGCUGAGAGUCAGUGAUCUGGACCUUUUUCGAGUUUGGGUGGGAGUCUGGGCAGGGAGAUUGGGGGGCUGGGCCUAUGUGGUGUUCCAGUUUCUAAGUCAGAGCUUUUACUAUGUGACAGCGCUAUUCACCCGUGUUCUCAAGCUAGUGGGUGCUUUCCUACUCCUGGCUCUAGCCCUCUUUUUGGGUUGUCUGCAGUUGGGCUGGAGGUUUUUGGUGGGACUGGGUGACCGGUUAGGCUGGAGGGAUAAGACCACAUGGCUGUUUUCUUGGCUGGAUGCUCCAGCCUUGCAUCGUUGCUUGGCUUUGCUGAAAGAUAGCAGGCCAUGGCAGCAGCUGAUAAGAUUAGUUCGGUGGGCCUGGCUGGAGUUGCCUUGGGUCAAGCAGAGGACUAAUAAACCGGGUAAUGCACCUGUAACUAGUGGACGCUACUACCAGCCAGAAGCGGAAGUGGCCCGACUUUUGACCAUGACUGGGGUUCCUGAGGAUGAACUAAACCCUUUUCAUGUGCUGGGAGUUGAAGCUACAGCAUCAGAUACUGAACUAAAGAAGGCCUAUAGGCAGCUCGCAGUGAUGGUUCAUCCUGAUAAAAACCAUCAUCCCCGGGCUGAGGAGGCCUUCAAAGUUUUGCAAGCAGCUUGGGAUAUUGUCAGUAACCCAGAGAGGCAGAAGGAGUAUGAGGUGAAACGAAUGGCAGAGAAUGAGUUGAGCCGGUCAGUGAACGAGUUUCUGUCAAAGCUACAAGAUGACCUCAAGGAGGCAAUGAACGCUAUGAUGUAUAGCCGAUGCCAGGGAAAGCACAGGAGGUUUGAAAUGGAUCGGGAACCUAAGAGUGCCAGAUACUGUGCUGAGUGCAAUAGGUUGCAUCCUGCUGAGGAAGGAGACUUUUGGGCAGAGUCAAGCAUGUUGGGCCUCAAGAUCACCUACUUUGCACUGAUGGAUGGAAAGGUCUACGAUAUCACAGAGUGGGCUGGAUGUCAGUGUGUGGGAAUCUCCCCAGAUACCCACCGAGUUUCUUACCACAUCUCAUUUGGUUCUCGGGUUCCCGGCACCAGUGGUCGGCAGAGGGCGGCUCCAGAGGCCCCUCCUGCUGACCUGCAGGAUUUCUUGAGCCGGAUCUUUCAAGUACCCCCAGGACCGAUGCCAAGGGGAACUUUUUUUGCAACACCUCACCCUGGCUCUGGGACCACUUCGACCUCCAGGCCCAACAGUUCAGUACCCAAGGGAGAAGCCAAACCUAAACGGCGGAAGAAAGUGAGGUGGCCCUUCUAA